AUUGGAGAAUUAAUAUAUAUCAUAGAAGGAAAAGGUCUGAUCCCUUUGCCUUCUAAUUUCCUUCCAACAAAGCCUUCAUUGCCAAUUGACUACAGCAGUUCUCCAGAAGAAGAGUAUAAAGAAGAUCCAGUUCUGUAUUUGAACUGCAAAAUCAAUGAAGUCCUAAAUGUAGACCUUAAAUUGUCACUGACCAAUGAAGCCAAGGAAAAGGCAUUGGCUUUUGCAGCACAACAGCAAAUGUCCACUCUUGAGUAUGAGCGAAGAUCAAUCACAGGCACUCUGGAUAGCAGUAGCAUCCGAGUGGCAAUUGCCCUCCUGGGACUAACCAAGGUUGAGUGUCUUAUGCUGUUUAAUAUGUCAAAGUUAAAGAAGCCUAAAUCUAUUUCAUAUACAACAGAGCUAAGCCUCCCAGAACAUUUUGAUCUCCCAAAGAAAAUCUACAUACCUCAGAUUCCAGAUAAUCAAGCUAAUAAAUUGAUUCUAUCGCAGGAGAUUAAACUUUCUAAUAAGACAGAUGGAUCUGUUUUAGUUCCUUUACAAUUUGCUCCACUCAGUCCUGGACGCUACCCUUGUAAAAUUUUGUUGACGUCAAAGUAUGAUGUGCGUGUUUAUUGCGUUGAAGGUGUGGUGAAUGAACAAGAAGCAGAGGCCAAAUUUUCAUUUGAGACACCAGCAUUUGAAGCCCUUACCCAGAAUAUUCCAAUAAAUAAUAAAACAAAAAAUGAGUGGAGAUUUCAAGUUACAAUACAGGGAGAAUGGUUUUAUGGACCUUCUAUUUUACUUGCCGAACCAGGUGAAACUGUGCAGUAUCCUCUCACAUUCAAACCAAUUUUGGAGUGUGAAAUUAUGGGUAAACUUCUUCUACGAAAUGAAGUAGAUGGUAUGUCAUAUAUCUUUGACAUAAAUGGGAUUGGGAAAAAACCCCUGGCCUUGGAACACAUCAUUGUAGACUGCAAAGUGGGAAAUGUAACAAAUAAAUCCAUAUUAGUUCCUAAUUACACAAAGAGUCUCCUAACAUUUAAGGUAUCUUCAGAUCUUUCGAUAGUGUGGGGAAAACCAUAUAUUACCAUAGAGCCUGAUAAUUCACUUCCAUACAUUCUACAUGUGUGCCCUUGGAAACGUGGGGAAUUCAAAGGGUCAAUUUCAUUUUCUGUUAAAAGCAGAGAUGAGCCUGAUUCUCAGGACGACUCAGAUCAAGAUCAAACUCCAACAGACGACUCCCCCAUUACUUUUGAGGCAGAAUCAGAGGAAAAAGUUAGAAAAUUAAGAAUCUGGUAUCAGCUUGAGAUCCAUAGCUCUCCUGGACCACCCAUAAACACUAUUGAAAUACAAUGUAUUGCUCUGACUGGAAGCUAUGUCUCAUUGCUGCUGCGCCAGUUCACAGAGAGCCUCGUACCAUAUAUAGCUUUAGCUGGGAAGAGAUCAGAAUUCAAAAUUCCAA